GCUGCCAUCUAGUGGUUUUUAACCUAAAUUGCAGGUGGGAUUUAGGUGUGCGCUCUCGCGAUAUUUGAGCACUUCACCCGGACAUAAACAGGAACUGGGACAUGGCACCAGUGUUCGGCGGAGUUGAGGGUGGAGGGACCCACUCCAAGGCGGUGUUGGUGUCAGGAGAUGGGAAGAUCCUGGCAGAGACAGACGGGCCGUCCACCAACCACUGGUUGGUGGGGGUGGAUAAAUGUAUUGAAACCAUUAACGACAUGGUGCAGAGAGCGAAGGUGGAGGCAGGACUGGAUCCAAACACACCGCUGUGCUCACUGGGCAUGUCUCUGAGUGGAGGCGAACAAAAGGACGCCAUCGACAAACUAAUCGCUCACAUGAAGGAGCGCUUCCCCAGUCUCAGCCGGCAAUACUUCAUCACGACCGACGCCAUUGGCGCCAUGGCGACCGCUAGCGAUUGCGGAGGUGUAGUGUUGAUAUCAGGGACCGGCUCUAACUGCAAGUUGGUCAAUCCUGACGGCUCACAGAUAGGCUGUGGAGGCUGGGGUCACAUGAUGGGCGAUGAAGGAUCAGCAUUCUGGAUCGCUCACUUGGCGGUGAAGACGGUGUUUGAUGCCAGAGACCGCCUGGUCGCUCCUCCCCAUGACAUCACCCACGUCAGAAAAGCCAUGGAGGAAUAUUUCCAGGUGUCAGAUCUGAUGGGCAUGCUGCCGCACCUCUACCGAAACUUCCAGAAGUCACACUUUGCUGGUUUCUGCAAGAAGCUGGCUGAAGGCGCAGAGGCCGGGGACGCUCUGUGUCAGUACGUGUUUGCUCGAGCAGGGAGAGUCCUGGGAACACACGUGGAAGCGGUGUUGCCUGCCGCACAAGCGCCUCUACUGCGGGGCGACCAGGGCCUGCCCAUCCUGUGUGUUGGCUCCGUGUGGAAAAGCUGGGAGCUGCUGAAGCCAGGAUUCACUGAGGUCCUAGAGAAACUUUCAUCAUCUGAUGAGUUCAAGGGCCGUUUCCGUGGAUACAGCCUCCUGACUUUGCGGCAGUCGUCGGCCCUCGGCGGCGCCAGUCUUGGGGCUCAGGAUCUAGGCGCCGCCCUCAGUAUGGACUACGCCGCCAAUGCUAAGGUCUUCUACCAACACACCUUCAGCAGCAGUGAAUGAGGAUACAGUGGAGGAAAACAUGCCAGCCAGUUUCUAACUAUAAGUAUCACUGCUAAUAAUGCGGACCAAAAUGAUGACGGUGAUUGCGUAACGAUGGUUUAGGAUCUGACUUGAUCCCACUACAAGAUGCCGUGACAGCGAUUGAAAGUAUUUGAGAUCAUGGUGGUUUUGACAGCAACAUGGAGGCUGUUCUGAGAAUACAGUUGAUUUACUCUAAUGUUACUGUCAUUACCAAUCUUUGCACCACUGUGACACUUGUUUACAUUUGACAUUAAUGAUCAAAUUCACUGAAAAUUUGACAGAAAACUUCCAUUGAGGGUUGCAAAUAUUCUCUGAUCCUCAAGUGAAGAAUCGCUCAUUCUCAUUAUCUACUGAGAUAUUACUCAGUGUAUCUAGAAAAUAAUCUUUAUUAAACAACACAUCAUUGCUGGUUAUCAAUUUCACCCAACACAUUUUGUAAUUUUAUGACCUAAUGUUUGUUAUUUUGCUGUUCAGAUUUUCAAUAAACAUGAUUCCUGA